CUCCUUUUCCUCCUCCCGGCGACGGCAGCCGCCCGGCGUCCCCGCGCACGGUCGCAGGCUGGGCGGCCCCGCUGGCGCCGCGGGAGGGGGGGGGGGCAGCCGCCCCGAGCGCCCACCGCACUGGCCGAGGAGGAGGAGCCGAGGUCCGAGGCUACGGGGGAGGAGGAAGGAGGAGGAGGAGCGGAGGAGGGGACGGGAGCGCCUGCGCGCCUCCCGGCUCGGAGAGGCCCCGCGCGGUGGCACCUCACCCGCCCAGCUUGACGCCGAUCUUGCCCCUCUUCCUGGCCACGGCGGCGGGCGCCGCCGGCGCCGCAGGGGCGGCCGCCGGAGCCGGGUCCGCCGGCGGCGGCGCCACGCUCGCGAACGGCCGUGGCGGCGCCACGCUCGCGAAUGGCCUCGCGGCCGCGGCCGUCUCGGGCUCCCCUGGCUGGGGGGCAAAGCGGGACACGCCGGGGAAGACGGGAAGGAAGAGAAGGAGGGCCGAGGAGGAGGAGGAGGAGGAGGGAGGGAGGAACAAGGAAGAGAAGGAAGAGGAAGAGGAAGAGGAAGAGGAAGGAAGACGAGGAGAAGGAAGAGAAAGGAGGAAAGGGCUUUGAGUGGUCCUGAAGGGUCCAGGCACAAAUGUUUGACGGGUCCAGGGCAUCGAAGGGCGUGAAAGAUCCAGGGGGUCCUGGGGGC